UCUCUCUCUCUCUCUCCUUCUCUUUCCCUGUUAUAUAUAUAUAUAUAUAUAUUUAUAGAAAUACCUAUCAUAUAUGUAGAAGAGCAUAUUUCGCCUCUGCCAGACUUUCUGCUGAACAAUUACAGAAAAUUAAAACUGAGGUAGAUACAUAUUGUAUAUACACACAUAAAGAAUGAGAAAACCUUGCUGUGAUAAAGAUGGAACGAACAAGGGAGCAUGGUCGAAGCACGAAGACCAAAAGCUGAUUGAUUAUAUCACAACUCACGGCGAAGGAUGUUGGCGCUCACUCCCCAAGGCUGCAGGUCUGCACCGAUGUGGCAAAAGUUGCAGGCUUAGAUGGAUUAACUAUCUUAGACCAGACAUUAAAAGGGGAAACUUUGGAGAGGACGAAGAGGAUCUCAUUAUCAAGCUUCAUGCCCUCCUUGGCAAUCGGUGGUCUCUAAUUGCUGGAAGGUUACCAGGGAGAACGGAUAACGAGGUGAAGAACUAUUGGAAUUCUCACUUACGAAAGAAGCUCAUAAAUUUGGGAAUUGAUCCAAAUAAUCAUAAGGUCAACCGAAGCCAAAAUCAUGAUCAUAGUGCUACAACCACUCAUCCUCACAACAGCCAUAAUAUUAUUUCUGGCUCAAUCAACGCCCAUGCCUCAAACUCAGAUGAAACAUCUGCAGCUGCCUCUUCUGAUAACAAUCACAAUCGCAAACACCUAAUUAAUCUUGAUCUUACCAUUGCCUUUCCUUAUUCUGAUCACAAUGAUCAUCAUCAUGAUCACCAUCCCCUUAAAGAGACUGAACCACAAAAUAAAGAGCCCUUAAACUCAAUGGAGAUGGAAGUUAGUAGUAAUAAUAUUUACACUACUUUUCCGACUCUCAUCCUUUUUAGAUAAUUAUUAACAAAGUACUUCAUAAUUAGAUAAAUAUAUACUACUAAAUCAAAUGAUGGAAUUAUAUUUUCUCGGGGUAGCUAUUAAUGCUUCCUUAAUUUAGAGAAAUUAGGGAAUAAUAAUAAAGAUUUGCUCGGCAACACCUCUUGA